AUGUAUAAAGUUCGAUCAUUACUGUUUCACGGACCAGAAAAAGGAGUUACUCCCAUUAGAAGUUUGGACCCAUUUUGGAGCAGAAUUAUUUACGUAGUUAAGAAAAAAGGUGUUUUCAGUUAUUUGUGUCAGCCCCUUCUAUCCAAAAGGGAAAGCUCGUUUGAGCCAUUUCUAUACUCUCAAAUGGCAGUCUCAUCCAUAGCCAAUCUCUUCUCCUUCUUCACUACCUCAAAACCACCCACCCCCAAAACUACUCUCCUCCAAUUCUCCGCCGAUUCCCUCUCUUCUUCUUCUUCUUCUUCUUCUUCUUCAAGCCCCAACCAGGAGGGUAAUUUAUUACCUCUUAUCUCAACCAACGACCAUAAUAACCACACGAACCCUUUACCAUUAUCAUCAUCAUCGUCUUCAAAUUCUGAUAUUACUUCCGUAGUUUGCCCAUCUCUUGCCUACGCGAGCACCCUUUUCUUCAGAUCGGCUUACAAUGUUCAGGUAAUUGUGGAUGAUAAUGAGCACGAAGAGAAGCUUAUUGGUCGCUUUCGAAGGGAGGUGAUGAGAGCUGGAGUUAUUCAGGAAUGUAAGCGAAGGAGGUUUUUUGAGAACACACAAGACAAAGAUAAGCGCAAGACCCGUGAGGCUGCUAAGCGUAAUCGUCGAAGACGUGGGCUACCACCAUCAAGAAAUUUUGGACAGGAUAAGCAAGAGACAUCCAAGAACAAGAGGAAUGACGAUGAUGGAGAUAAUUGGGAACUUCCUGAUGGAGGUAUCCCCAAUUAACUGCUAUUUUCAGCUCUUUUUUCUUUUAGGCUCUUGGUAGGUUGUGGCUCAUUUUCAAUCCUGGAGAGGCUUUCUACCCAUAUAAUAUCCUGUGGGGAUUUUUUCCUUACUGUAUUCUACCGGUUUCGUUUGUUGCAACUUACUAAUGGAAACAUAAUUAUUGACUGCCUUGCUGUUGCAUGGUUUUGAUCUCA